AUGCUGUACAACUGGUCAUUAGCUAGUAUCAGUACACCAUUUGCGAUUCAAAUCGAAUUUAAUGAUGAUUUAGCAGCUAUGGCAUAUAAAUGGUUACAAAAACUUGAUCGAACAAAAGCGUUACAUUUAGGCGCAGCUAGUUACGUUGUACCUUCCUCUGAAUCAAAAAUGGAUACAUUAUUAUGGAUACGACAUUACCAUAGUAUAUCUUGGAAUUCUUACCAUGAAUUUAUCAACUUGUUAAAUUCUGCGCGUUUACUUGAUUUUUCUCCUUUAACUCCACCAUUAUUUUGUUCAUGUAAAUAUGGCCUCAAAGAAUAUUCUUGCAUUCAUUCUUUGGGUUAA